UUAAGACUUUAUCAUUGUGCAUAGCUGCAGCUAGGCUAAAACUGCAUGUUGUCAGAGCCAAUAAUUUUAUUCUCUGACUAAAUGGUGUUGUUGUCUCUCAGAGAGGUGUUCACUCACCACCCUUUCACUAAUUAUUAUAACUCAGAGAUAAGCAGACCAUUGAAAUGUGAUUUCCUUAUGGCACAGAUAUAAAGUUACUCAACAGCUAGAAGUUAAUCUAUAGCCAAUUCUGAAAAUAUCUAGUGACCUCUGUGUAUGUAAAGAAGCAGAAACUGUUGGAACAAUGGAGGCAGACACACAGCGAGUCAACCUGAAGAGAGAAGUGGGGCUAAUAGGAGCUGUGUCGUUCAUUGCUGGGACCAUGAUUGGAUCUGGGAUCUUCAUGUCUCCCCAGUAUGUUCUUUCCACCAUUGGCAGUCCUGGAGCUAGUCUCAUUGUUUGGACCUGCUGUGGCCUGAUAGCCAUGCUGGGGGGUCUCUGCUAUGCUGAACUGGGUACAGUCAUUCCAGAGUCUGGGGCAGAGUAUGUCUACAUGCUGAGGACAGCAGGGAAAGUGGUGGCCUUCAUGUUUGUCUUCAGCUUCGUCAUGGUCAUGAGGCCUGCCAGUGCCACAGGAAUCGCUCUGAGUCUUGCUGAAUAUGUCGUGGCGCCGUUUUACGACGGCUGCUCUCCUCCACAGCUCGUAGUGAAAUGUGUGGCUGCAGGAAGCAUCAUUUUGCUGGCCAUAGUUAACUGUGUGAGCGUCCGCUGGGCCACUGGCAUCCAGGUGCUUUCCAUGAUGGUGAAAGUGCUGGCACUGGCUGUGAUUGUACUGGGAGGUGUUGUGAUGCUUUCCCAGGGCAACACUCAGAACUUUGAUAACUCUUUCGAGGGAUCAAAGCUUAGUAUCAACGCCAUUGGUAUCGCUUUCUACCAAGGCCUGUGGUCCUAUGAUGGCUGGAAUACUUUGAAUUUUUUAACUGAGGAACUGAAGCAUCCAGAAGUCAAUCUUCCCAGAGCUAUUAUUAUCGCCAUUUCCCUGGUGACGGGCUUGUAUCUGUUGGUGAACGUGAGCUAUCUGACAGUAAUGACACCUAGAGAACUCAUGACGUCCAGCGCAGUAGCAGUCACCUGGGGAAAUAAGGUUUUAGGGAGCUGGGGCUGGGUCAUGUCAGUAGCGGCUGCGUUGUCUGCGUUCGGCUCUCUGAAUGGAACGUUCUUCAGCGGAGGCCGUGUCUGCUUUGUGGCUGCCAGAGAAGGACACAUGCCAGAUAUUCUGGCUAUGGCCCACGUCCACAGACUGACUCCUUCUCCGGCACUGAUCUUCACUGCUGUGGUCUCACUGGUGGUGUUGAUCCCUGGAGACUUCCAGAGUAUUGUCAACUUCUUUAGUUUCACUGCCUGGUUUUUUUAUGCCAUCACCCUGUCUGGGCUCCUCUAUCUGAAGAUCAGGAAACCGGAGCUGCCGAGGCCAUAUAAGGUUCCCAUCAUACUCCCUGUCCUGGUCCUUCUUGCUGCCAUAUUCCUCGUGCUGGCGCCCAUCGUUGACGACCCUCAGAUUGAAUACCUUUAUGUGACUUUAUUCAUGUUCAGUGGAGCCAUAAUCUACGUGCCCUUCAUCCAUUACAAGAUCUUCCCUCACCUGUUGACCAAGUUAACAGUGUUCCUGCAGUUAUUCUUAGAGGUCGCUCCUGCAGACAAAAAUCUGUGAUUUCCACGUUGCACACUCUUCACCAUAUACAACCAAGCAGCUGCACUCACAUUAAUUUCACUCACCUGACCUGUGCAGCAGUUGAUCCAAUAUAAAUGUAUUGUGAUAAAUUCCUUUAAAAUUUAUUUUCUUCUUUUAAUUUGCGUACUGGUAGAGAGAGAACAGAGAUCCAUAAGACAUUUAUUCUGAACUUUGUCCUCUGUUCUAAAUAAUACACAUUGCACCUGCAGCUUUCUUUAUUAUUAAGUUUAUGUAUGUACUGAGAUGUAGUAACAACAGGGGGCUGAGUUUAGGCUGACCUUCCUAAAAAUAAAGUUUUUUUAAGUUACAUCUAAAAUGAAUAGUCACUCAGUGCAAUUUGUAAAUUAUUUAUUACUUUUUUUAUCCAUCAAAAGACACAGCUGAUUCAUGGUGCACUUUUCACAUGAGACAAUAUUUCAGGACAAAACAGGAGGAGCCGAGAACACCAGCUAAAACAUUGCAUGUACAUUUAUAUGCAGACCAAAUUUAUGUUUAACUCAAAAUAGCUUAUCUGAUAAAUUUUUAACGUAUGGAGUUUUUAGAAAAACAAUAUCUUGACAUUUACGUGCUGUUGUCUGUUCAGGUGUGAUGUUUAUUUUAUAUUCAACAUCCAUUUCUUUACAACUUUCUGCUGCAUCUCUCUGUAAAAGUCAUUAUGCUGGGUAAGCAUGAAGUUCUCCCAGCUGCUUCCAACAUACAGGCUGUUAAAAUGCUGCUGAAGCAUUAUUUCGCUCCAGUUUUCUUCUCUGAACCAUUAGAAGAGUUUUUGGAUGAGCCUUCACAGCUGCUCCUGCCCCCCUGUGAUGAUUGGUGGUAGAGCAUGUGAAGCCGUUCUGCACUUACGUCUGCGUCUUCUGCCCCUUCGCAGCAUCUUAUCCAGGACUGAGGAAUGGUCUCAAGGCCAUAGUGGGCUCCAGCAAUGGCUCCAGCCAUGCAGGCUAUGGUGUCUGUGUCCCCUCCCAGGGCCAGGCUGUAUGCAAUUGUCCUCUCCACACCGCCGUAGCUAUUUGGAAAGAUUUCCCGGGGCUGCAGGCAGUGCAGGACACAGAAGACGGCAGUGGGCACUGAGUGAAGAGCUGCGAUGCCGUUACCUGAAAAGAAAAAAAAAAAAAAAAGGACCAAAAA